CGAGCAUCUGGACCAGUCUGUUUCAGUCAGUUGUUUUUGUACAGUGAUCAGACACAAAGUUUCGGCCAGAGUUUACCUAGAUGUCUUUCACAACAUUUUUAUAUUAUCAUUAAUUUGCUUAUAGAGCCUCAGAGUUUAUAAUAAUCACGGACUAUUUAUUGUAUUUUCAACGAUAUUGGUAUCAUUGAAGAGUAAUUUUCUCUUCGAUAUGCGUUUGAAAGUGGUUGUUCGAGUUAGACCCAUGUCUCAAAGGGAGAAACUGUCUGGAAGCCAACAAGUACUUUCGGUUGACACUAAUAAUAAUAUUGCAGUGACGAAUAUAAAGGUUCCAGAACAAAACGCCGGAGAUAGCAGAGAAAGAGUACGAAGAUUUGCAUUUGAUUAUUGUUUUUCCGAGGAUACAACCCAAGAUCAAAUCUUCGAAACCGUAGAAAAUAUUGUCGGUACUUCCCUGAAACGCCGCAACCACUCUUGCGUCCUAGCCUAUGGACAAACGUCUUCUGGAAAAACUCACACCAUGAUGGGACUACCUCACGAUCCAGGAUUGACCCCAAGACUGUGUAGACGGAUUUUUAAGUAUUUUGAAGAGGGAGCUUUGAGCAACGAGACUAGUAGGAUGAAUGUAUCAGUGAGUUAUUUAGAAAUUUACAAUGAAAAAGUUGCGGAUUUACUUGGCGACAACACCGAAAAGAAGAGUCAGUGUCAAGACAGGCCUCUAAAAGUUAGGGAACAUCCAAAGAAAGGCCCAUAUGUUGAAGGUUUAUCUCAGCACGUCGUCACCACCGAUACUGAACUCUUGGAACGCCUAGAAGCAGGUACCAGUAAACGUCGCGUAGGGUCCACCACAACAAAUCCGAAAUCGAGCAGGAGUCACUCGGUAUUUUCCGUUUCUUGUGACGGAGUCAAACUCCAUUUGGUGGAUUUAGCUGGCAACGAAAGGGCCGGAAGCAGAGGAUAUGGACCUAGCAGGUUCCGCGAAGGAGCUAAUAUUAAUAAAAGUUUGGUGGCGUUAGGCAAUGUUAUAUCGACGUUAGCCGACCAAUCACGAAGUUCCUUCAACUCAAGAAACAAAUUUGUUCCGUAUCGAGACUCAGUUUUAACAUGGCUUUUAAAAGACACCCUCCAGGGAAACUCAAAUACAGUAAUGAUUGCAACUGUCUCUCCAUCGAGCACCUAUUACAAUGAAACAGUGAAUACGUUACGUUUCGGGCAACGCGCCAAACUUAUCGUCUACAAACCCGUAAUCGUGGAAGACUUCAGGGAAAACACUAUUCGGGAAUUGAGGGCUGAAAUUGCGAGACUCAGGAGUUUAUUACUUAUAUCGAAGCAGAUUCCCACCCAAACCCAAAUGAAUGCCACUAACUUACCACCGAAGGAACCAGAAGAAUUAUUGUCAGAAAAAGAAUCAUCACAAACAAAUGAGUCGGAACCUCCAAUACACCAGACUGAUAAUUCAUCACCUCAAGAAGACCUCAACAUAAGUGAAACACUUGUACCAAUAAUGAGUGUGAAAAGUACCAUCGAACCAGCAACCCCAAAAAAAUUGAGGCGCACCAUUAGUAUGGACAGAAGAUUAAGUACUGAUACAGACAAUUCAAAAUCGUUCAGCUCUCAAGAAUCUUUACAGUCGCCUAAACAUAAAGCAUCCGCUAAAACGCCAACAAGAAGACUUUCCGGUGGAAGCUCGACGGCUGGUUUACCUCCAGUUCAACCCAAACAGACCAUGUUAUCUUUGAGAAGGCAAUCAAUCAACCGGAGCAACCCAUCAUUGAAAGCUAUAACAGAAAAGAAAAUUCUGGCUCCAGGAGCAAAAAAAGUUGAAAAAGGCAAUAAUACAGAAGUUUCAGGCGGAGCCACUAAAAAACCUUCCUAUACAAAACCAAGAGCUCAAAUAGUAGCUGCAGUUACUAGCAGACUGUAUAAUAAAGUUCACAAAAAAGAUAUUGGAACUUUAACUGAGCAAACUGAUAUUGAUAAAACUUUAGAAGGUCCUAAAGAGCUGUCAAUAUGCAGCAACGCUAGAAACCGACUCAGAGAAAUUACCCAGAGAGCACUAAAGGCUCAUAGAAGUAGAAACGAAGAAACUCAAACGGAAUUAUUUCCCAUAUUAAGAGUCAAAGAGGUGGCUACUGAUUGUUCCGACUUAAGACAACAAUUAUCUGAAGUUAAAGACGCUUCUACCUUGGACAAGCAAGAAUAUAAAGAUGCUCAAACUGAUUGUGCCUUAAUAAAUCAAUUUUUGCAUGGAGAUUUGAAAAAUAUUUUAGUUUUAACUAAAAGUUGUGGUGUGCAAACAAGUGGAGACGACACUAAAUCGAACAUAUCUUUUACGAAAUAUUUAACUGAAUGCCAAAGCAACAAUCCAAUUUUCACUGAAGCAGUGAACAUAAAUAUUUCGCAUAAUUACAUAAACGGUAAUAGAACGGGAAGUUUGUCCGAUGAUAGUUUAGAUAGUCAGCGCAAUGUGUCUUUUCCCACGCCAGAUCUGAUAAGUAAUCAUAAUUCUUUGGAUCCUCACGCACUAAAUGCUGAGGAUGAGGAUAAAAAGACUUGCUAUGCAGAAAAUAAUAUUUUGCCUGAUAUUUAUGAAAAUGUUAACUAUUUGCCAGCGUCAAGUAUUUGCGCUAGUAACGCUAGUGUCUUAACAGUCCCUUGUUACAAUAACUUUAAAAGUGUAGAGGUACUCACAGCGCACGCGCCUCAAGUCGUUUUACAAGACUUGCUAAACCAGAAAUGCCAAUCCUUGCCAGAUUUUCGCCCUAAACUGGUCAAAGCAAAAAUUAGAACUUAUUUGGAUGAUAAACAUGGCGGAAGAAGCAUAAAAUAUCAUAAACCAAAUGUGCUAAUUUGUCAUGAUAGUUCAGCAAGCGAAUCUACGAGUGAAAGUGAAGAUAAUUAUAAUUUGCCAGAUUCUAUAGAAUAUCAUCGUAAAAAAGUACAAUUUGCGAAUAAAAAUAAAAGAAAGAAGAGCGACAGAAUGUUAAAGGCAAUGAAAGAUUUCCUUGAAGAAGCUAAAACUUUAAUGACAAAUAUCACUAGUGUUGCACAUAAUACGAAUUGUCAACAGCCUCACUUAGAAGACUUUGACAUUCAAGUAACAGUGAAAGAUAUUUCCGGUUUGGAAAAAACGUCUCAGAAGAAACGUAAAAGGAUAAUUGCCCACGCAACCCAAACUGAUCAACCGCCUUCGAGGGAAAGUUGCUUUUCACAAACUUCCUUGGAUUUUCCUGAAUACCUAUUACCAAUAAAUAAAUACGAAACAUUAUUGGAAGACUCUUGCAAAAGACUCGAAGAGCAAAUAAAGAAAACGCCACGUUCAAGGCACAUCAGUAUCACAUCUGAAGACUAUGACGAUGAUAUGUUAUAUGACAGGCCAAAAUAUAAUCCGUGGGAUUUGAGUCAUGUGGAAAUCGAAGAUUCCAGUUUGGAAAGUAAUCCAAUAACUUUUUCAGACUAUGGAAGCUUGCCGAGGAAAACGCAUAAGAGACAGAGGACACCUACAUGUAGUCCAAGUGCUUUUUUGAAGCAACUCACUCACAUGAGGAGGCAGAUUAUUGAGAGUUCUAGAGAAGAACUGUUGCAGGGGACUAGUGAGGGUUAAUUAUAAAAAUUUAAGACUAUUUGUGUAUGAGUUUUUCUAAUAAGUUUUUGCAUUUAUGUUAUAUUUGUUACCAUUUAACUUAGAUUAUUUAUUAAUUUCAAUAAAAAAAAAUGAUUGCAAAAUAAUACUGAAUACUUAUAUCUUGUAUUGGACCAAAAAAUAUUUUUAGUGUAAUUUUUUUUUUGGAUAAAUAGAUUCUAGAUUGUUUACA